AUGGGGAAAGAGAAGGUCAUCCCGAACCCCAAAGUGAAACCAAAGCUACAGCUCAAGGGCAGAAUUUAUAUGACAAAUGUUACCGAAAUAUUAUCACUUUCAAAACCAGGAUCCUAUAAGAUACAGAUAUUCUGGAAAGGCGACCCAGGUGUUGUCGAUAACUUUGGUAUCCGUUACCGAGACGAGGAUACAAUGAACAAAUGGUAUAAGGAUAUCGACAAGCAGCGGGCCCUUCAAACACACGAACGCCCUUCAUCCAAAAGCCAUGGAACCUCAGAAACAGAAUUCACAUAUCUCAGGAAUACGCCCAAACCCCCAAAUCCUUACCAGGAGGAGUAUAGUACCGAAGAAGAGUUGUCAAGAGAGCCAACCAACACCUCUCUAUCAGAAUUCUCUACAUCACGAAAUGCAUCUAAUACGAGCUUACGGGGACGCUCUGCUACUAAUGGCAGUGGAGGCUCCGGCCACCACUCAGGUGGUCGACCGCAGUUCCCAACGCCUAAUGCUCCUCUAACGGUACAUACGCAGUUUACUCCUGGAGCCAUAUCCCCAGGUGAACGCAACGGUGCAUCUUAUUUCUCUCCUACAGGCGAGGCACCCCCAUCAACAAGAUCCAGCUCCCAAUCAACAGCCUUCUCAUACUCACGUGGUGGGACUCCUUCAAAUGCAUGGACUGAAGCAGAGCAGAACCGGUACACUGCUCCAGCCAUGCCCAGGUCAGGCUCUCGAGACGGAUCUGGAAAUAACCCAUACUAUAACAACGGAUCUCGUAACGCCCAACGGCCCUCGUUACCUCCGUUCUCAUCGAAUCAAAACGGACAAUCCGGAUCCCAGUCUCAGGCACAGGCGCGGAUGAGAUCAGCAAGCAGCCCUGACAUUCACAAUGGCGCCGCUCCAGAUUCUCGCCGAUACAUGAACGGUGGACAUACUAUGCAAACUGUAGAUAAUGUUCCCGUACCCCCGAUACCCCCCCACAUGGCAAACAUGCGAGCUCCCGUAAACAGGAGCCAAAACAGCUCACCCACUGGAAACACAAUCCCGAUACGCUCCGGGACACAGUCACCCAAUUUACAACCACCACCCUCCCGCCAUGGUCACGCCCACCCACCACCAGUGGGCUAUAAUUACGAACCUCACGCCCCCAAUGGCCGGCCACUACAACCUCCAACCUCUAUGCCUCAAACCUCUCCAUUCGACGACCCCGACUCUCAGAUGCCCAGUCAGCUUAAAGCUAAGAUCAACUUCGAUGAUAACUAUGUAACCCUCGUGAUCGCGAGCAACAUUCUCUUCCGCUCGCUCACGGACAGAGUAGACGCAAAACUAGCCCGGUUCACAGACCGGUCGAUCGGUGGCAACUCCGCCCGACUACGAUAUCGAGACGAAGACGGCGAUUUUGUAACAAUUGAUAGCGACGAGGCCGUCCAACUUGCAUUUAUGGAAUGGCGUGAACAGCAUCAGCAUUCGCUUGCCUCCGGCCAAGUUGGUGAAAUCCAACUUUUCUGUCAGCCGGUGGAAAAUUGA